AUGUCUGAAGUGCUGCCUUUCAUAGUCAUGGUGAUUAUAGAAGGCUGCACCAUAGUAGGACUCACCAUUUUUGCAAAAACUGCAAUAACUAACGGAAUGAGCCCAUUUGUGCUCAUUGUUUAUACCAAUGCUCUGGCCACUAUAAUACUGUUUCGUUGUUCCUUUUUUUUACACCACGAGGACAGGAUAACCAAGACUCAGACCUUUUCAUUCUUGGGUCUAAGCUAUAGUUCACCAAUACUAGUAUGUGCCAUGGGCCACUUGAUCCCAACGUUUAAUUUCAUGCUCUCUGUCAUUCUCAGGAAGACGCAGUUAAAUUUGAAAAGCUAUGAUAUCCAAGUCCAAGUGAUUGGUAUCUUGGUAUCAAUAAUGGGAGCAGUGUUAGCUGAAUUGUUCAAAGGCCCACUUAGAAGACCCUCUUCUCACCACCUUCAACACACUAAGCAACUUUUUGCCUUCUCCUCUACACCAGAAUUUUGGGGUCUUGGUGGCAUUUUGCUUGCUGCAGCUUCCUUCUCAACUGCACUUUGGAACUUUAUCUGGAAGGAAACUGCUAAGCAAUAUACUCAACCAAUGAAGGUUGUUUCUUAUUAUAGCUUACUUGGGACAAUCCUUAGUGCAUUAAUAUCGUGGAUAAUAGAGAGGGACGCAAAUGCUUGGAAUCUAAAGCAUAACAUGGAGCUCAUUCUCAUUGUUCUAACUGCAUUAUUUGGGGGUGUGAUUCGUCCCAAUGUUCAAGUUUGGUUGAGUCGCAUGAAGGGUCCAUUAUAUGUUCCACUGUUCAAGCCCUUUAGUAUUGCCUUUGCCACCACUUUUGGAGUUUGCUUCUUUCCUAACAGCCUUCAUUAUGGAAGUGUGAUGGGAGCGACUAUAAUUGGAAUGGAGUAUUAUACAAUAAUGUAUGGACUAAUCAAAGGAGGAGAUGAAGAAGAGAAAAGCUAUGAUGAAAGCUCAGAUUCUUUGGACAAGAAGAUACCUCUUUUGCAAGAAAAGAUGGAAGUGUAAAUAAAGGCCAUCGAGGCAGGGGAAGUUGCCAAUUAUUCAGAAGCUUCCUGUAUAUUCUCUUGUACAAAAGGAGCUACAUAUCGUUUCAAACUGAUUGUGAUA